UCUUCUGAGCAGAGACAUAGCAGAGAGAGAGAGAGAGAGUCAGAGAGAAACAGAGAGCUCUUCUGCUGACACCGUCGUGGUUACUUCCCGCAGAAGGUUCUUUGUGAUUUUCCAUUAAAAAAGAACUCGAAGAAGAAGACGUAGAUAUUAAAAAAUAAUAAUAAAAAAUUUUAUAUGGAAAGGGUUUCGGUGCAUAGAAACCUUGUUCCGACCCUAAAAAAGAACUUGCAGAUUCCUUCUCUUCAUGUAAUCGCUUUUGAUUUUCGUUUCUUCUUAGCUUCCAUUCUUUUUUUCUUGUCCUAUUCGAAACCUUGUUAAUUUUUGGGAGGUUAAAUUCUUUUUUGAGUUUGUGAACAAAAAAAAAAAAAAAGAAACUUGGGAAUUAUCUGAGGAUUCCAGGGUGGAGUUUUUUUCUGGGUCCGCUGUAAUUUAUUGUAUUUGGUAGUGGGUCGAUGAGAAUUGGGUUUUGGUGGCAUUAUAAUUUGUGGGUCUGUUGAAAAUUCAGCUUUUGUGGAUAAAUUUUAUGGUCGGUCUGUUUUGAUUUAGGGGUUUUGAGAAGGAUUUAAGGUUAAAUUUUGAAUUUUACUGGUUUGAUUUAUGUUUCUGGGGAGCCUUUGCAGAUAUAUAGCUGGAUUUUGUGAAUAUUAGGUGUUUUAUUAGUAACGGCUGAGAUUUUUGUAAGUUUCCCCAUUUGGGUGUGGGUUAAUUGGCGAAAGGAUUGAAUUUUGAGUGGUUUAUUUUGGAUUUAUAUUGUGGUUUCUAGGGAGCUGAAGAUAAGAUGAGUUCAAGUAUCACAGAGAAUUUGAUUGCUGAAGGGAAGCUUUUGGUUCAUGUAGCUGAAAAUGGAUAUUCUUAUGAGCUCGAUUGUGAUGAAACGACAUUGGUCAAGGCAGUUAUGCAAUCGAUUGAACCAGUUUCUGGCAUCCCUUUUAAUGACCAGCUUGUUCUAUGUGCAGACUUGAAACUUGAGCCUCAAAGGCCACUUUCUACAUAUAAGCUUCCCUCUAGUGACAGCGAAGUCUUCAUCUUUAACAAGGCAAGGCUGCAAACUAAUUCCCGACCACCACUACGAGAGCAAAUUGAUAUAGUUGAAGUUUCAGAACCCCGGCCGCUGGCUUCUUCUAGUGACCCUCAUCCUUUGGAUGAUUCUCCUGACCCUGCUUUGAAGGCUUUACCUUCUUAUGAGAGGCAAUUUAGGUACCACUAUCACCGUGGACGUGCUAUAUAUAAUCGAACACUAGCAAAGUUUGACUAUUGUGAAAGGCUGUUGAGGGGGCAGAAAGUUCAGGAGAGGGCAUUGGGAGUUGCAAGUAGUAGUUUAAAUCGAUAUUAUGGGAUGAUUAACCAAAAUUGUUCAGAAUUUAUGAAGCAGUAUAAACAGAAACAUCGUUAUCAUACUGAUUUAUUGGCAAACUUUGAUAAGGAUAUGCAGAAGUUGAGAUCCAUCAAGCUUCACCCUACAUUGCAGACUGUUAAUAGAAAAUACUUACUGGAUUUUGUGAAGGAAGAUAAUUUAAGGAAGUCUGCGGAAAAUUAUUACAGCUUCCGCAGGAAGUUUGACAACAAAGUUGCACAUUUCAAUGAGAUGUUUGGUGAAGUGAAGCGCAAGGUAGAGGAGUUGUUCACUUCGAGAGCUUCCUUGCCUAUUAAGAAUUUAGAACUAACCAUUAAGGAGCAUCAGAGGUACCUCAAUGAACAGAAGAGCAUUAUGCAGUCUUUAAGCAAAGAUGUCAAUACAGUAAAGAAGCUUGUAGAUGAUUGUCUGUCCUGCCAAUUAUCUUCCUCCCUUCGUCCUCAUGAUGCAGUUUCAGCCCUGGGUCCUAUGUAUGAUGUGCAUAACAAGAGUCAUCUGCCCAAGAUGCUGGCUUGUGAACGUGCAAUAUCAAAGCUGCUUGAGUCUUGCAAGGAUAAGAAAAAUGAAAUGAACAUCUUUUUUCACAGUUACAUGCAAAAGACAACGUAUAUUACCAGCCACAUCAAGAAUGUUAAGUUGCAGUUUCCUGUUUUCGAAGAGGCAAUGAUGCGUCUGGAGGAUCUAUUUAUAGACCUUAAAUUGGUCCGUGGAAUUGGUCCUGCAUACAGAGCCUGUCUUGCUGAAAUAGUAAGAAGAAAGGCAUCUAUGAUUCUUUAUAUGGGCAUGGCUGGUCAGCUGGCUGAAAGGCUAGCAACAAAGAGAGAAGUUGAGGUCAGGAGACGAGAGAAGUUUCUAAAAGAACAUGGUUUGUACAUACCCAAGGAUGUAUUGGCUUCCAUGGGGUUAUAUGACACCCCUAACCAGUUUGAUGUCAAUAUAGCUCCUUUUGACACUACAUUGCUUGAUAUUGAUAUUCCUGACCUGGACUAUUAUGCUCCUGAGUGUUUAGUAGGACUGCCUACUAAGGUUGAGAAGCCUGCUACCUUAAGAGGUUCGAUUUCCAUGUCUAAUGAGAGUUCUCAUUUGGCCGAUACUAAAGAGAUUGGUGUAGAUACUCUUGAAAAAGAUGAUUCUGAUGACUUCCUUGAGGGAUGUGAAUUGGUAGAGAUUGCUGGAACUAGCAAGAUGGAAGUUGAGAAUGCAAAACUGAAAGCUGAACUUGCUUCUGCAGUAGCCCUGAUUUGUUCUUUAGGUCCUAAAUUUGAAUAUGGAACACUUGAUGAUAGUAAAGUCAAUACUUUAUUGAAAAAUACUGCAGAAAAGACUGCUGAAGACUUGCAUCUAAAAGAUGAGUUUGGAAAACACCUCCAAUCCAUGCUCAAGGAAAAACAAAUUCAGUGUGUUUCAUAUGAGAAGCGCAUUCAGGAACUGGAGCAGAGAUUGUCUGAUCAGCAUUCGCAGGGGCAGAAGCUUAAAACUAAUGAUAUCGCUGACUUUGGUCUCCUGGCUUCAAAGGCUGAUGACUGCAAGCCAGAACUCUCAGGUUAUGAGGUGAAUGUGCCUCGCAUAUCUACAUCCGAGCCCAUGGAUGAGGUUUCUUGCCUUUCAAAUUCUUUGGAUGCAAAUCUGGGCCUUUUUACACGGCAAUUAAGCAAAGGUCAAGAAGAGGUUGAUCAGAAUAUGAUGGAUUCCUCUGGAAUGCUCAACCUGCAGUUUGAUUCAUCAAUGCAAGAACCGCAUCGAGAAGAACUGCAAGUUGGUGAGAAAGAUGGGAAAGAUAAGAUGGUGGGACAGUCUGGCUUGUCACUCAGUAACAGUUCUACCGCUGAGAGCAUGCCUGAGCCUCUGAAUGCUUUACCUUUACCUUGUGAGACAGCAGCUGAGCUGGUUUUAGAUUCUAAAGUUAGGGAGGAUCUUAUGUUGGAAUUACAAAGUGCAAUUACAGAGAAGUUGAACCAAUUAAUUGAAACUAAAACCAAGCUUAGAGAUGCUUUGGAUGAGGUUUCCAUGCUUAGGAGGGAGAUGGAAACGAGUCGUAAACUUCUUGAUGAAUCUCAGAUGAAUUGUGCUCACUUGGAGAAUUGUUUGCAUGAAGCAAGAGAGGAAGCCCAAAUUCAUUGUUGUGCUGCUGAUCGAAGAGCCUCAGAAUAUAGUGCACAGCGUGCCUCAGCUGUGAAGAUGCGUGGUCUUUUUGAAAUACUUCAAAAUUGUGUCUACGCUCCUGGUGGGAUGGCCAGUUUUGCUGAUUCUUUGCGUGCUUUGGCUCAGUCCUCAGCCACCUCCGUUAGUGAUGGUGAAGAUGAUGGCAUUGCUGAGUUCCACAAAUGUAUCCGGGUCCUUGCCGAAAAAGUUGGUUUCUUGUCCGGGCAUCUUGAAGAGCUGCAUGAGAAGAACUCUAGUUUUGAAGCAGUAAAUGAACAGCUUAGAAAGGAAUUGGAAGAGAAAAACGAUCUAGUUAAAACUCUGUAUACUAAGCAUCAACUGGAGAUGCAGGCAAACAAGGAAAAGAUUUCUUUCAGCCGCCUGCAAGUCCAUGAGAUUGCUGCAUUUGUACUUAAUUCAGCUGGGCAUUAUGAGGCAAUCACUCGAAACUGCUUUAACUACUAUUUGUCUGCUGAAUCUGUUGCCUUGUUUACCGAUCAUCUCCCUAGCCAACCUUGCUAUAUCGUUGGGCAGAUUGUGCAUAUUGAGCACAAAACUGUGAAGCCAUUGCUAGAUUCAUCAACUAGACCUGAACAUGGUAGGGCGGAUCCUAUUUAUCAACUGACUUCUGACAAAGGGACAGAGCAGUUAACCUUGAAUUCUGGAUCAAGUUUGAACCCCUAUGGUCUCCCUAUUGGAUGUGAAUACUUCAUAGUGACAAUAGCCAUGUUGCAUGAUCCCGCCAUUCAUUCGCCACCUCCUUCCUGAUCCCUGCCCCCAAAAGCAGAUAUGACGUGAUGGAAGAAACCAAAGUGUACAUAUGUUAUAAAAUAUUAAGAAGCUAAGCCACCAUGGUGGCAGUUGAACUAGAUUUUCCUUUUGUACAUCCUAGUUUAAUCUCCUUUGUACAUAAAGCAACUCUUUUUAAAUAUGUAAACUGAAAAGAAAAAAAAACUGUAAAUAUUUUCUAAGCAUUGGUCUUGUGUAGGGAUGUAAUCAAUCGAGUUCAAAUCGAUACAGUAUUAAA